AUGAUUUCGAGGAGACUUGAUUUUGAUGCUUUGUCUGUUGUCGAGCCGGAAUUGCUAAAGUACUGGGAUGCUAGUGCACGUAAUUUCAAUUUCUCCGAUCACCAUGCGAUGAUCGCCUUAACCAGGACUCUGGUCAAGGUAGAUAUGGGUUACUCCAUACAACUGUCAGAAACACAACUAUGUCCGAACUAUUUCAACCGGUUGGACUAUGUACUUUUUCUGCAGAGAUUGAUUGAUUUAACACCGGAUUCAGCCGAUUUGCCUGUGUUUGGACUUGACGUUGGAACCUCUCAAUCGUGCAUAUAUCCUCUUCUAUGCACAAAAUACAUCUGCAAUAUUUCAAAAAUGAUUGGAACAGAUAUUGUACCUGAGUUUAUCGAUGCUGCCGAGAUGAAUAUACAGCGAAACAACCUUUCUUCCUUGAUCAAACUAGCAGUAGUCGAUCAAAAAGAAAACUGCUUUUUCCCGCUUUUCAAGCAGAAGUUUCAUUCCGAAGAAGAUGCAAUCGUUUUCACCAUGUGCAAUCCACCUUUUUAUACAUCUGCACACCAGAUGACUACGAGUAGAGAACGUAAGAACGAUUUUGUGAAGCAGCAAACCAUAGGACACGUAUCCGAGCUAAUCACGGAUGGCGGCGACUACAGCUUCAUCAUGAAAUUGCUUAAUGAUAGUGAAAGCUUCUCAACUCGUGUUACAUGGUUCACGUCGCUAAUAGGCAAUCUUUCUACUUUGCGAAGGCUAGUACCCUAUUUGAAAGCAAACCAGCACAGGAUCAUAUAUGGGGUCCACAGAUUUAAAUCAGGGGCAUAUACAGUUAGGUGGAUUCUAUUCUGGACGUAUAAAAUGGAAUAUAAACCUCCACCGGAGCUAUUCAAUUUUUCCAGCAAAUUCCUUAACGCAAAGAAGUUUGUUCAAAUCAUGCAAGACAGAAAAGAUGACAGCUAUUCGUUAAGGUCGAGAAUUUUGGUAAAGUUAUUUUCACUUCCUUACACUUCAUUGCAUUUGCGUGAUGUGAUUGUCAUCAGACUUCCGGGUAACGUUUUCUCUAGGUCUUAUCGACGAUCAGGGGAAUUUAACUUCGAUGGCUCUGAGUAUAUAUUUGAAUUAGAUGUCAAACGGCGUAAAAUCACAUGGAGAAACGGAUUAGACCAUAAGGUUUUCGAGAGCUUUUGUAACGUCAUAAACUCUUUAUAG